AUAGCAGAGGCUGCAGGCUCAGGAGAGCCUGCCUGUCUGGAACACCGUUUGUUUGGACAGGCCAGGCCACUAAGGCGUUUCAUCUCUUUAAAACUCCCAGGGCAGACAGCAUAUUUGAGGAAUUCCUUUUUUCAAAGAUUUUUUUUUUUUUUUGCCCCUUCCAACAUUUUGUUUAAGAGAAAAUGAGAUGUCUAUCUUCUGUUUCCUUAUUUUUUUUCAGGAAAGCAAAGGGUUGUUGACUUCCUCCCUCUCCCCUCCCUUCCUUCCUUCUUCCCGAAGGUACUCAUCUGAGAAAAAGAGAACGAAGUAUUGUUCCUGUUCUCUUUCUUAAGUCAUUCGAAACACUGUCCCUGCGAGUUCUUUAAGUUCCCUGCAAUCUGUACACAAGAGAAAGAGGGAGAGAGAGAGGGAGAGAGACAGAGAGAGCAGGGAUCAGGUAAAGGAGUGGGGCUGCUGCAGCCAUUCAGACCUCAGGAGCUGGAAAAUUGCCAAGGAUGCAGAAGGAAAUGAAGAUGAUCAAAGAUGAGGAUGUGCAUUUCAACUUGGCUGUGAGGAAGACCCCCUCCUUUCCCCACUGCCUGCAGCCAGUGGUUUCUCGGGGAAAGGCUCCCCAAAGACACCCCUUCCCAGAAGCUCUCCGAGGGCCAUUUGCCCAGUUUCGGUAUGAACCUCCUCCAGGAGACCUAGAUGGGUUCCCCGGGGUCUUCGAAGGAGCGGGGUCUAGGAAACGGAAGAGCAUGCCCACCAAGGUGCCCUAUAACCACCCUGCAGAAGAAGCCACCCUCGCCCUCCACUCCGAGGAGAACAAAAACCACGGCCUUCCCAACCUCCCUUUGCUGUUCCCGCAGCCCCCGCGCCCCAAGUAUGACUCUCAGAUGAUCGACCUGUGCAACGUGGGCUUCCAAUUCUACCGCAGCGUGGAACACUUGGGGGGCAAGACCGUCAAGCAGGAGCCCAUUAAGCCCAGCGCCGUGUGGCCCCAGCCGACGCCGACUCCAUUCCUGCCCACGCCCUACCCAUACUACCCCAAAGUCCACCCGGGCCUCAUGUUCCCCUUCUUCGUGCCGUCGUCCUCGCCCUUCCCCUUCAGCCGGCACACCUUCCUGCCCAAGCAGCCCCCGGAACCUCUGCUGCCCCGGAAAGCCGAGCCCCAGGAGAGCGAGGAGACCAAGCAGAAGGUGGAGAGGGUGGACGUGAACGUGCAGAUCGAUGACAGCUACUACGUGGACGUGGGCGGCGCGCAGAAGCGCUGGCAGUGCCCCACCUGCGAGAAGUCGUACACCUCCAAGUACAACCUGGUCACCCACAUCCUGGGCCACAGUGGGAUCAAGCCGCACGCGUGCACGCACUGCGGGAAGCUCUUCAAGCAGCUCAGCCACCUGCACACGCACAUGCUGACCCAUCAGGGCACGCGGCCCCACAAGUGCCAGGUGUGCCACAAGGCCUUCACCCAGACCAGCCACCUGAAGCGCCACAUGAUGCAGCACAGUGAGGUGAAGCCGCACAACUGCCGCGUGUGCGGCCGCGGCUUUGCCUACCCCAGCGAGCUCAAGGCCCACGAAGCUAAGCACGCCAGUGGGCGCGAGAACAUCUGUGUGGAGUGCGGCCUUGACUUCCCCACCCUGGCCCAGCUGAAGAGACACCUCACCACGCACCGAGGCCCCAUCCAGUACAACUGCUCCGAGUGCGACAAGACCUUCCAGUACCCGAGCCAGCUGCAGAACCACAUGAUGAAGCACAAGGACAUCCGGCCCUACAUCUGCUCCGAGUGCGGCAUGGAGUUCGUGCAGCCGCACCACCUCAAGCAGCACUCCCUCACCCACAAGGGUGUGAAGGAGCACAAGUGUGGAAUUUGUGGGCGGGAGUUCACCCUGCUGGCCAACAUGAAGCGACACGUGCUGAUCCAUACCAACAUCCGCGCCUACCAGUGUCACCUCUGCUACAAGAGCUUCGUGCAGAAGCAGACCCUCAAGGCACACAUGAUCGUCCACUCUGAUGUGAAGCCUUUCAAAUGCAAGCUUUGUGGGAAGGAGUUCAACCGGAUGCACAACCUGAUGGGCCACAUGCACCUGCACUCGGACAGCAAACCCUUCAAGUGCCUCUAUUGCCCAAGCAAAUUCACCCUGAAGGGGAACCUGACACGCCACAUGAAAGUCAAGCACGGAGUCAUGGAGCGGGGCCUUCAUUCCCAAGGUCUGGGAAGGGGGAGAAUCGCCCUGGCACAGACAGCCGGUGUCCUGAGGAGUCUGGAGCAGGAGGAGCCCUUUGACCUCUCUCAGAAGCACCGGACCAAGGUGCCCAUGUUCCAGUCAGACGGGGAGAGUGCCCAGGGCAGCCACUGCCACGAGGAGGAAGAGGAGGAUAACUGCUACGAGGUGGAACCCUACAGCCCUGGCCUGGCACCCCAGAGCCAGCAGCUCUGCACACCCGAGGAUCUGUCCACCAAGCCAGAGCAUGCACCGGAGGUGCUGGAGGAAACCUGCAAGGAGGAGAAGGAGGAUGCAUCCAAGGAAGAAUGGGAGGAGAGCAGCAAGGGCGACCUUGGGGCAGAGGGUGGCCAGGAGAGAGACUAUGCAGGCAGAGAUGAGUGUCUCAGCCUCAGGGCUUUUCAGAGUACCCGGCGGGGUCCCUCUUUUUCUGAUUACUUAUACUUCAAGCACAGAGAUGAGAGUUUGAAAGAAUUACUGGAGAGGAAAAUGGAAAAACAAGCAGUGCUUUUAGGUAUCUAAGUGGAUAGUUUUAAAAUUACAUUUGGAAAAUGAGAACGAGGCAGUUCAAAUAUAGCUUUCUGCAUGAACUGUCAUUUUCUGGAGACUGGCAAAUAGUACCAAUCUCUACAAAUGGCUUAGACUAAAUGAGCAGGGAUGUAGGUAAUGGAAAGCCUUCUCAGGUCAUUCACGGGGCCCUUGAUACCCUUCACACAUGUGCAGGGUCUUCUUCAGUGGUGUUUGAUGCAUCGCCAGUAUAGUAAACUGUGAGUAUUCUUCUAGAUAUCUAAUCGUAAGCUGAUGCUGAGGUGCUUUUAGAAAUUCUACUUUCCUCUGAUUUAUAUGCAAUACAUGGUAAAUUUCUAAUUGCAAAAAUAUGGUGCUUGAGGUGUCACCUUAUUAAUAACUAGGUGAAUCCGUGAAGGUUAUAAUAUUUUCCAGAUAGAUGAAAAUAUUAGUAGUUGUAUAUAUAAAAAUAGCCUUUAUUCUAAACCAAAAAUGUCAGAAAUGGCACAGGAGGAUGAAAUGUUGAAGAGAAUGCUCUCAAGUAGUUGCUGCAGAUAUAAGGUAAAAUUUCAGGAGAAGAAUAAUUUUGACUAGGGAAACUGGUGACCUAGAAUACUUAGAUUCUCUUGUUCUAUGUUGGCUGUCUUCAUCAGAUUGAGCAUUUGGAGCAUUUUUUUAUCAGAUGCUCUGAUGAUGUUCAGGGUCCUGGUUCCUCAGACAAACCCCCACUUCUCAAGCAGAGCUCCCUCCUGGAGACCAUUGCUGUCUUGCUCUGAGGCCUCAUGCCGCAUAAGACAGAGGCAGGGGCCGGGCGCAGUGGCUCACGCCUGUAAUCCCAGCACUUUGGGAGGCCGAGGCAGGCAGAUCACUUGAGGUCAGGAGUUUGAGACCAACCUGGCCAACGUGGUGAAACCCCAUCUCUACUAAAAAUACAAAAUUUAGUCAGGCGUGAUGGCGGAUGCCUGUAGUUCCAGCUACUCAGGAGGUUGAGGCAGGAGAAUCGCUUGAACCCAGGAGGUGGAGGUUGCAGUGAGCUGAGAUCAUGCCACCGCACUACAGCCUGGGUGACAGAGUGAGUCUCUGCCUCAAAAAAAAAAAAAAAAAAAAGAAAAGGACAGAUGCAGGAAGAGUUGUCACCAGUGACCAGGGGGUUUCACCUCAGAGCUAGAGCUGGGGGGUGACCUCAGAGAAUUCUCCCAGAAAUCUAACCUCUGACUUAUUUGGGUUACUAGAAUAGUUGACAGCUAAUCAUAAGUAAAGAAGACUCUGGACUAUGUUCUCAGUGCUGGCUGUACAUUAGAAUCAUCUGGGGUGACCUUUGAAAAAAAGACACCAAACUAAGGCCUCACCCAUUAAGAUUCUGAUUUAAUUGAUCUGGAGUGGAGCCCCAGGACUGGAAUUUUCCAGAUUGCUCCAGGCAAUUCUUAUGUGCAGCCGAGAUUGAGAAGAUUGAGGGGACUAAAAUAGAACUCACCAUUUCUGUGGCUUCCAGGACACUUCCCAGAGACUUCAUAAGUAUUUCUGUUCCUAGCCUCAGACUCUUUAAGGUUGAGAACAGGAGACCUCACAAUCAUACUGCUGACUUAGGCCUUCUUACCUGUCUGUAAGAGCCAUAUGAGUGGACACACACUCUCUCUAUAUAGACACACACUUUUGACAUUAUACUAGAAGAUGAUGCCUGUGAUGUUUAUGGUCACUUACUAUGUUGAAAAAUGCAUGGCUGGCCUAUGGUGACUCAUUAUCUCUUCCCAGACUCUUGAACCAUGAUGCCAGUGAGUGGAAAUGACUCUACUGGGUGGGAUGGGCCCAGCAGGUCGGCCUUACUUAGGCACUGGCACUGAGAAAAGCAAUACUGACCGGGUGUCAUGUACGUGUGACUGCCCAUAGCAAUAACCCUCUGGUACUGUGUCUGUUUAUGUAAAAACCUCUUGUUUGGUAGUUUUGACUCUUAUUUGUAGAGCUAGGUACUGGUUAUUAUUGUGCUUCAUCCUAUCCCAGACUUCCCAAUACAUUCCUUUAGAAGACAUGUCCAUCUCCAACUGUUGGAGGCUGGCCUUUUCUGUAGGCCAAGGUUUGCUUCAUUAGCCCCACCUGGUUGUCAUCACUCACCUGUGUGUUGUGUCCAUCUCUGACCCAUUUCCCCUGCCAUCUUGCCUAAAGCUUCUCCUGUCAGACUCCCCACCACCAUGAAGUGCUAAGAGUACUGUGUCCUGAGGUAAGGGCACCUGCAACGGAGAUGGUGAAGAGAAGACUGUGGGUUUUUGUGGUUACAAGCACAACUCUGGGUCAAAAACCCAUUCCAAGUCCUCAGAGGGGCAAGUCCCUUCCACUCAUUAUUAAUAUAGCUCAUCAGUACCUCUGAUGAAAUUGCCCAGGAGGCUGGCAGACUGGCCUGAGAGGCUUCUAGCUCUUAGGGUUCAGUUACACAUUUAUUCACACUGUGGCCAUGUGUUGAGGACCUACUACGUGCUGUGUUUGACCACAUGUCCUGCAGAAUGCCAUUUGGUUCUGAGUAUGCCUGGCUGGAAUGGGAACCAGGAAAUUCUAGAGUAACAGGCUCUAUUCCUUUCCAACCAAAACAAACCACAUGGGAAUGUUUGAGGGACCAGUUAGUGUUGAGAUGGAGAGAGUAUGGUCUAGAAUGGUGGUUUUCAGAUUGUGUUUUGAGGAGCCGGAGGUCAUCUUUAGGCCUCUGAAAAGUGGUAGGGAGAGGAGAAACUCUCAACUCCCACACCCACCUCACUCCAAGCAGCUCAAGUUCCAUCUGAUUUAUAUGUUAGCAUUCUAAAUAAAAUUUUAUUUGGAGGGAGUAAAAAGGUCUAGGAGAAAUAAAAACAAUUUGUUACGGAGUGUAUUCCAGUGCCUGUUUUCAGUUGUUGACUCUGGGCAUAAGACACUUAAUUAGAUCUAACCUAAUGGUUAAUACAGAAUUAACCUUCUGAGCACCAAGGCUAAAACCUUGGUUUUGUAUGCUGUUGAGUGACCAACAUCCUGGUUUGCCUAGGAUGAUCCUGGUUUAGACCUGUUGUCCCAGGAUAAUUAUUCAAGUGUCACCUUAAUUCUCAAAAGUAUUCCAGUAUAGGUGAGAAAUUACAUGAACACCUUAUGCAUGAGCACAGAGUUAAGGGAAGGGUUGGCCAACCUUGCCUAAUGAGCUGAUGAACCAGAAGGCAAGCCGUGAAGGAGAGUCCAUGUGGGCCAUCUCAGAGAACUAAGGGAUGAAGCCUUCCAAGAUUACCAGCAUUCCAAAACCAGAAUAUCACAUUGUGAGACUCGGAAAAUAGGUCACUACCAAAUGCUUUCCAGCCUUUUGACCACUGUCACUUUGAACCAAUCAAUGGACCAGCCAAGUGGCAUAUUUUUCUUUUAUUCUUUUUAUUCUUUCCUAUGAUUAACCCUCAUGUUGCCUUUCAAUUCCUCUUUCUCUCUCUUUUUAAAAAUUUGACUCCCCAUUGGCCAUGAGACUAAGGCUGACCUUUCAUGAACCCACAAGAGUAACUGGUAUAUUUGUAUAUGAGUAGUUGCAUGAGAAAGCUCAAUGUGCAUACUGUAUUUAUUAAGCCCUGAAGGCAUUUAAUAAAAUAUUAACAUGGUGUUUUGAAUUAUGAUCUUUGUCUGCUUUGCUGGAACAAAAUAUAACAGAGCUAACAUUUGAAAUCCUUCGCAUAUUUGGACAACAUUACACCAAAUGUUGAUUUUGUACAGAACCCUAGCUUGCUAUUUAAAAACUAAAACUCUAAGUAUAUAGCAGCCCAAGUUGUGAAUAUUGCUUUCUGCUUCACUGAAAAAGCAGUUUACCUGAAAAGAACAUGUAACCUAUAUUUUGUUAAUUUAAGCAAAUAAAGACAUGUUGAAAAAA